UCUUCCUCUCUCACUCACUGAUGUGUAUAGUGACAACCCCGGUAGCCCUAGUGUAUCCCAUCAUAUUAUAUACUUUAUAUAACCUAGCACCUUUAAAAAAUUAGCCUUUAUAUUCCUGAUCAUCCAGCAUCCAUUUCUUAAAAAACAUACAAUCCACCUUUGAGCCUUGUUUAAAGUACAUUUUAUAAUAUCUGUAGAAAUUUUUCUGAAUACCCUUGUCAGUAGCAGAGCUUUUCUUCUUCAAAACCAUAACCAGUAGUAGAGCACUGUGGGGCUCUAAUCUAAUCUAAAGCCCACCGACGACUCAUUUUCCGGGUGGGUUUUAGAUGGAUACGAGUGUGAAUGGGAAUCAAAAAGCUUCAAAAUAUGGGGAAAUAAGCAUGACAGAGAACAAGAAAACUAGUCCAGGUCCCGCUCAUGCCGGACCUGAAGUGGUCAUAGUAAUGUCCGGUGAAGACUCAAAACCUAGGAACAGUGUGGACUCUGCUCACCAAGUAUCGGCCGAUUCGAAUAUGGGACUACCCCCCAUGAGCUGUCGGUCACCGGAGAUUGGUCGUUUCUAUCCAAGUCCAAACAAGCCUCCGAGAAUUCCCAACACCAACACUGAAGCCCUUACUCGACGAAAAUCGCUGGCAAGGUCAGUGCUCUCCAAACCCAAGUCGCGAUUUGGGGAACAAUCUGUACCUAUUGAUUCAAAUUUGAUUGAAGAAAUAGGCUUAGCAAUGCAAGAAAAAACUGAACAUAGCUCAUUUUCGCCUAAUCAGAUAUUGUCUAACCGGGCAUCACCCAUUAACAAAAUGACACCAACUAGUAGUACUCUCAAGGAAACUAUGAGGGCAGUAUCAAUAACCCCAAGAACACCUUUGAUGGCUUCACCGGGAGGUGUGGGAGAAGAGGAUGAGGAUGAAAAGAUUUAUAAGAAAGUGAGUAGUCAACGUAAAUUGAGGUACAAGAGGGUGAAAACGAAGGUUCUGAUUGAAUGGGUUGCUUUCUUUUGCAUUUUGGGGAAUUUGGUGGCUAGCUUGACUGUCCACAAGUUGCAACAUUAUAUGUUUUGGGGUUUGGAGGUUUGGAAAUGGUGUGUGCUUGUAUUGGUAACCUUUUCAGGCAUAUCGGUUACCAAGUGGUAUAUGCAUUUUCUUGUUUUCUUGAUUGAACGCAACUUUUUGUUCAAAAGGAAAGUGUUGUAUUUUGUGCACGGUUUGAAGAAGAGUGUACAGGUCUGUGUCUGGCUAAGUUUGGUUCUUCUUACUUGGGUUUUGUUGUUCAAAAGUGGGGUGGAACGAUUAGCCAGGACCACUAGGAUUUUGGACUAUGUUACUUGGACUAUUGUUUCUCUGCUCAUUGGGGCGUUAUUGUGGCUUUUAAAGACAUUACUUCUAAAGAUUUUGGCAUCAUCUUUCCACGUCAACACAUUCUUUGAUAGGAUUCAAGAAUCAAUCUUUCAUCAAUACAUUCUCCAGACCCUUUCAGGGCCUCCAAUUAUGGAGUCGGCAGAGAUGAUUGCGAGAGUAAACAGCACUAGUCAGCUAAGUUUCCAAGUAAAAAAGAAGGGAAAGGAAGGGAAAGCGAAAGAAGUGAUUGAUGUAAAUAAGCUUUAUAAAAUGAAGCAAGAAAAAGUUUCUGCGUGGACCAUGAAGGUGUUGGUUGAUGUGAUAUCAAACACGGGACUAUCCACCAUCUCCAAUGCACUUGAUGAAAGUUUUUAUGACGGAGGUGGUGAACAGACGGAUAAGGAGAUUACCAAUGAGAUGGAAGCAAUUGCUGCUGCCUAUCACAUUUUCAAAAAUGUUGCUCAUUCUGAUUGCAUGUAUAUCUACGAAGAUGACCUAAGGAGAUUCAUGAUUAAGGAAGAGGUGGAUAUUGUGUUUCCACUGUUUGAAGGGUCGGAGACUGGAAUAAUUGACAGAAAAGCUUUGACAGACUGGGUGGUGAAAGUUUAUAAAGGUCGGAAAGCUCUUGCACAUGCUUUAGCUGAUACCAAAACAGCUGUGAAGCAAUUAAACAAACUUGUAACGGGGAUCCUUGCUGUGGUAAUCAUUAUUGUGUGGCUUCUUUUGAUGGAAAUUGCAACAACAAAAAUACUUGUCUUCCUCUCGUCACAGCUUCUAGUGGCAGCUUUUAUGUUUGGAAACACUUGCAAAAACAUAUUUGAAGCUCUCAUAUUUGUAUUUGUGAUGCAUCCAUUUGACGUUGGUGAUCGCUGUGUCAUAGAUGGUGUUCAGAUGAUAGUUGAAGAGAUGAAUAUUUUAACAACAGUUUUCCUAAGAUACGAUAAUGAAAAGAUAUACUAUCCAAAUUCAGUUUUAGCUACCAAGCCCAUCAGCAAUUUCUAUAGAAGCCCGGAUAUGGGUGAUUCUUUCGAGUUUUCUAUUGAUUUCAGAACACCGGUGGAGAAGAUUGGAGCUCUGAAAGAUAAAAUAAAGAGGUAUUUGGAGAAAAAUUCCCAACACUGGCAUCCUAACCACAGUGUGGUGGUGAAGGAAAUUGAGAAUGUCAACAAGAUAAAGAUGGCUCUCUUCUUUUGUCAUACAAUGAAUUUUCAAAACUAUGGAGAGAAGAGCAGGAGGAAAUCUGAACUGGUCUUGGAGAUGAAAUUAUAUUUUGAAGAACUUGGUAUAAAAUAUAAUCUCCUGCCCCAAGAAGUUCAUCUUGUUGAGUCAUCAAUGACAACUAGGACAGCCUGAUCACUAUUGUUCCUGGCUUGAGACUUCACAAGUCUUGUUUUCAAGCGCAACAAGGACAUGAAGGUCUUCUUUUACCUGUGUUUUCGAGGAAGGUGAGCAGAUGUAUCAAGGAAGAUGCUGAAGCUGUCUACUUUUAUGUUUUUUGAUUGUUACGUUUUGAGUAACUUGGACAUAGCAAAAAUAACACCCACAUUUUUCCUAAUAGGUUUUUUUGGGUGAAUAAAUUUCCUAAUAGGUUUGUUCCUCUCUGUACAAUGAAAUGGAAAUUUUCACUUGUCC